AUUGUCACAGCUCCGAGGAGGCGGGGUUGAUAGCUAAGGACAACGGCCAGAAGAGAACUCCAGAAGAGAGGGAGAGUCAGAGCAGGAGGAAAAAUGGGCAACACGCGCUGCGGCUCCCGCCAUUGCGGGUGAUUCGAGGACUCAGCACCAGGCGAGAAUAGGGACCGGGGAGAGCCAGAAAACCCCGCCUGUGAUUGGCCAUCCCGGGGUAUCUGUCGUUUGUGAUUGGGUGGAGCCGAGACAAAGAGCUGCGUUUUGAACCGCGUAGGGUUCUGGGUAGCAAAGGCCUUCGAAGGGUCUUAACCGAAAGGUAGUGUGGGAAGGUCGCCAACAAACGGCUGAGCUCACAAUCCCGGCCGGACUAGGCCGGGGUGUCCCCCUGCCCCAUGGAGAGAGCCAGGCCGGAGCCGCCGCCUCAGCCGCGCCAACUGCCGCGGGUCCCUCUACCGCGUCCGUUGCGUCCCGCUCCGCCCCCGCUGCCGGUCGAGGGCGCCUCCUUUUGGGCAGCGGCCGGGGACCCCCCUCCGUCGCCGCCCACACCGGGCGUGGCAGCCAUUGCGACACUGGCUUCCUCGUGCGGGGAGGCGGCGCGGCGGCUGGUGCAGGUGAACCCGGAGCAGGUGUUGCUGUUACCACAGCCUCAGGCCGGGGACGAAGACGGCGCCGCCUCGCCCGCGCAGGCGCGGGUGCUGCAGUUCAGGCCCGACCUGCUGCUCCUGCCGUCGCCGGCCGCGUCCGAGGGCGCCCCCUUCAGGCCCGAGUUGCACCCGGUGCAGCCGCGGGUGCUCCAUGUCAAGGCCGAGAAGCAGGAGCUGGGGCCUGGCCUGGAUCCGUCGGUGGGGCCUCAAGGGGCGGUGGAGACCGGCCCUAGAGCCUCCAGGGCGGUCAAGGUGGAAGGCCGUGGGCCCGCCCUCGACUACUUGCGAAGGAACGAGAAGGGCAAGCUGGAGACGGAGGCGGUCGUGCGGGACGCGAUGCAAGGCAGGGAAAGCAAAAGCCCAGUGGCCACCCUAGGUGUGAUCAAAACCGAGGAACCGGAGAGACUCCUGGAGGACUGCAGGCUCCGCGCCGAGCCCGCGUCUGAUGACCUGGUUCAUGGCAGCGCGGAGGUCAUCCUGGCCCCGCCGACCGGUGCCUUUGGGCCGCACCAACAAGACCUGAGGAUCCCUUUGACUCUCCACACCAUUUCCCCUGGGGCCCGGAUCCAGUUCCAGGGAGCUCCGCCUUCAGAGCUGAUAAGAUUGACCAAGGUCCCCCUGACACCAGUGCCUAUUAAAAUGCAGUCCUUACUGGAGCCUUCUGUAAAAAUUGAUACCAAAGAUGUCCCGCUCACCGUGCUGCCCUCAGAUGCAGGCAUACCAGAUACUCCCUUCAGUAAGGACAGAAAUGGUCAUGUGAAGCGACCCAUGAAUGCAUUUAUGGUUUGGGCAAGGAUCCACCGACCAGCACUAGCCAAAGCCAACCCAGCAGCCAACAAUGCAGAAAUCAGUGUCCAGCUCGGGUUAGAGUGGAACAAACUUAGUGAAGAACAAAAGAAACCCUAUUACGAUGAAGCACAAAAGAUUAAAGAAAAGCACAGAGAGGAAUUUCCUGGUUGGGUUUAUCAGCCUCGUCCAGGGAAGCGAAAACGCUUCCCUCUAAGUGUUUCCAAUGUAUUUUCUGGUACCACACAGAAUAUCAUCACUACAAAUCCUUCAACAGUUUUUCCUUAUCGCUCACCUACAUACUCUGUGGUAAUUCCCAGCCUGCAGAAUCCCAUCACUCGUCCAGUUGGUGAAACCUCACCUACCAUCCAACUGCCCACACCUGCAGUCCAGCGCCCAAGCCCUGUCACACUUUUCCAGCCCAGCAUCUCCAGUGCUGCUCAGGUGGCCGUCCAAGAGGAUCCAAGUCUGCCUCUGCACCCAGCACUCCCACCCCAACGAUUUGCUGGGCCUUCCCAAACUGAUACCCUUCGGCUGCAUUCUGAAGCCACUCACACUGUGAAGCGACCCACCCCUGUCUCUCUAGAGAAUCCCAACAGGAUUUCAACUAGUGCAAGUACUGCCCAUGCCAGAUUUGCAACUUCGACCAUCCAACCUCCUAAGGAGUAUUCCAGCGUUUCUGCUUGCCCAAGAAGUGCUCCGAUCCCCCAGGCUCCUCCCAUUCCACACCCACAUGUCUACCAGCCCCCUCCCCUGGGCCAUCCAGCCACACUGUUUGGGACACCACCAAGAUUCUCUUUUCAUCACCCUUACUUUCUACCGGGACCUCACUACUUCCCAUCAAGCACGUGCCCUUAUAGUCGACCUCCCUUUGGCUAUGGAAAUUUUCCAAGUUCAAUGCCAGAAUGCCUUGGUUAUUAUGAAGACACGUACCAAAAACAUGAGGCCAUAUUUUCAGCUUUAAAUAGAGAGUUUCCUUUUAGAGACUACCAAAAUGAACGCACACACAGUGAAAAUUCUCGGAGUCGUGAGGACAUAAAUGGAACCUCUUACUGUAACAGUCAUAGCCACAGUGGGGAAGAAUACUUAAACCCUGUGCCUCAGGUGGACAUUGGAACCUUGGAGAAUGUCUUCACAGCCCCGACAUCAACUCCUUCUAGCAUCCAGCAAGUCAAUGUCACUGAUAGUGAUGAGGAGGAAGAAGAAAAAGUACUCAGGAAUUUAUAAUUUUAAAACAAAUAUACACAGAAAAUAAACAUUUCUUAAAAUAUAUUCUGGGUCAGUUGGUAUGAAAAAAAAAAGCCUAGAAUGCUUUGCUGAAAGUUUUCAGUCAUGAUUUGAGGAGUUAAAACCAAAUGCAAUUUAUGUCUUCAUAAAAUUUUGAUUGGUGAAACUAGAGUCUGGAUGUUUCAUUGUAGGAAUAUUUAAGAUAUUAAGUAGUUUAUUUUUAAUGGCUGAAAUUUGCAUCAAUAUAUAUUAUCAUUACUUUAUCCUGGAACAUGCAAAAUACUGAAGCCCCACAAUUGUAUGUGAGGGAAAAGGGGGUAUAUAUCUAGCAUGGUGUGAUUUUUAUAUUAUUUCAAGAUAUAUUUAUUUUUCUUCAAUGAUUUUUUGUUUGGUGUUUAUGUUGCCAAUUUUUGAUGUGACAUUUUGAAAAUAUUUUGACAACUCUUAGUAGUGAACUGGGACUCAGUUUCAAAAUUUAAUUUACACUAAUAACCAAUUACAAGUUCCAAAUGUGUUUAAUGGCACCUGGAUAAUUCCUUCAGUUAAAUUUAGUCAUUUCUGUUUCUAAAUAUUUUAUCGUUUUUUAAUAUCCUUUUCCAUUUGGCAUACAUUGUUCUAUUUUUGUUGUAAUUAAAUAAACAUAGAUAAAAGUGUUCUUGUUAGAUAUUUUCUGUUUGGGGGCUAGAAAUAAGCAGAGUAUUGUUUAUAGAAGAUUGUUUUCUACACCACAUACAGAUACCCAUUUUUACCAAUAGUCUCCAGAAUUGCAUAGAUUCUGUUAGCUCACAUGAGACUUAAACUCUGUAUCAACAAAGAUGCACACACAUUCUGAUGCCAUUUCCAAACUCUUUACACAUAUGUACACAUGACUUAAGCAUGUCCCAGGACAGAAGAACUCUUCCAGUUUUGGCUCAAGCAGCUGUCUUGAAAACCAUGAAGUUUCUUUAAGAGCAUGUGGAAUUUAUUUAAUUCAAAAUGAAGAAAAAAAAAACCUACCUGUGACAUAACCUCUCGAUAAGUACCCACUUAUGGAUUCAGAAGGCCUUUUUAGAACAUGUUAGGACUACCAAAGUUGGGAUCAUGGUAAAAUAUCUAUACGGUACAAAGUGAAUUGAUGAUGGGAAAUAGUCACCAACCAAUACACUUUUCCCUCGAUCUGUAUAAUUUAUGCAAAUUGAGAUCUUGUUACUUAAAACUGUGUGGAAAUUGUGUAUGGAAAUCUGUUGUAAGCUUCCACCUUCUUCCUUUACUAAACCUGUAUUUGUUUCUUAGAGUUUGCUAAUGUCAUACAUUUCAUCAGCCUUAUACUUAAUGUACAUAACAUUUCCUUUCCCAAUAAAAAUUUUGUUUUUAUGUUUUUA